ACCUAAGCGGAUGCUUAUCAACUGAUGGUCGUCCGUGGUCGUCGUUCGUUAAUCGUUUGACAAUGGCGAAAUAUUCGAGUGAUUCAGAUUCUGACAGGAGUUCUAGAAAUCGUAGGAAACACCAUCAACGAUCCAGAUCUACCAGUUCGAGUUCUAGUGAUAGUUCAACGUAUCGGAAGAAAUCUAAGUAUGCUAAGUCCAGACGCCGUCAUCGUUCAAAAUCCCGGAGUAGAGACAAGGAUAGAUCUUCUAGGUCAUACAAGUCUUCUAGAGGCAGUUCCAGGGAUAGAGACAGACGCCGUUAUCAAUCUCGAAAGUCUAAAUCAUACUCUCCAGAUCAAAGUAAGAGAAAAGGAAGAUCUGUCUCGAGAGAGAAGUCAACCAGUCGAUCUAGUAGUUGUCAAUCGACUGUCAAGGCUGCUGGUGUAGACAAGACACAAAAUUCCGCUGCAAAAGAUGACUUUGCUAUUGAGCCAAGGAUCAAAGAAGCAAUAUUGGAUGAAAUAAACUCAGAAAGAUUUGUACCGAAGCAGUUUACGUCAUCUGCUCACAGCAAACAGAGCAAACCAGCUAAUAUUGUAAUCGACAUUACGGCAAACACUAUUAAAGUCCCCGCUGCUACCGUCAACUCAGGAGACUCAUUGGAUGGCAUCUUUCACACAUCGGUGACAUCGGACACUGAUGCAAGGUUUGACAAGUGGGUUAAAAAAUUAUACACUCUCAGACAAAAGGCAAUCAUAGAAUUGUCCCAUACAGUUCUCACCUGAUUUAGAUAAUCUAUUCUUGGCAAUAAAUUGCUUAAUCCAUAGUGUAUCAUUGCAUUGUUACAUAUUUGAAAAAUUGUAAAUACUACGAAUAUCAAGUCUAUUAAUGACAGAUUUCCUUGAAAAAACAUGAAUGUGUGGACUGAUAAAAAAUAAAAAACUAUUUCUUUUA